AAUAUACUGGGUUUAAUAUCGAUACAGACCGAUAUUUAUACAUACAUAAUGAAAGCUUCAGUCCGUGUAUUUCAGCGUGUUCCACUCAUCAAGUUUGUCGGUGGUCCACAUCUUGCUCCAAAGAACCUUGAUCACUCUGUGAAAGCUCAUUCCCAGGCUCCAGAUGGAUUAAAGCCAUCAUCUGCUAAAUCCACCUACUUUAACAGUAACCCAAUCGAACCAGAGGAAGGUGUUUUCUUCUCCAGAUCUCAAUUACCAGCCAGAUUUAAGUACUCUCCUCCAAAGCAAUCUGAAAUUGACAACGUCAUUAGCGGUGGUGCUGACUUGGUUUUUUAA